AUCUAAAUCAUCAAAUCCUCUUCUGUUCGUCUGUUUGCAAAUCUAAACUUUUUUAAAAAGUUUUUUUUUUGCGUGACAUCACAGAAGCUCAACUUUUCACUUUACUUUUGUCAAGUAACGUGGGAAAAAAAUGUUUAGAGCCAAAAGUAAAUACAAACGGUUAUUGGGUAUAACGUGAAAUAAUACUGUAAUAAAUAUACAGUUGUUAGGCGCGAGCGUGUGGCGGGAAAGUCCCGGCUCCAUGACGUAACGGCAGCGCGAGCGUCUGCCAGGCUGCGCGCAUUGAUCCAGCUGCCGUGAUGCGGUCCUUGACUUGGAGUUGGAGAAGUAGCGGAUUUAAAAACUUUCUGCCGGCAAGUCCGUGGAUGGAUAAAAGCGCCGCGCGAGCCGUGCCCGACUUCUGAAAGCUGCAUGAUGGCGUUUUAACGGGCGACCGCGCGCUCCUGCCACAGCUCAGCCCACGUGCCGCCGCCGCAGAGAAGUCCAGAGCAAGUAUGGGGUCCCCAGGCGUUUCCGGCGCUCCAGCAUCACGCCGUGGCGCGCUUUGUGCAUUUGGACACGUCCAUCGCAGCAGACGACAUCAUGGCGGCAUCGACCCUUCACGAGAAAAUUCCUCCCACUUCCACGGGCGAGCGCGGCGCUCUCCCUCUCCGAAGGGCUAGCCGCAGCCAAUCACGGCACAGGGUGGGGGCGGAGCCAGAAGAGGGGCAGCAUUUAAUUGGUGAUGGUCACUCAGAUUGGAUGACGGAAAAAGUUGACCUGUCUUCUUUCGUGUCAACCAACGAGUCGUCCCCUGGCUCAUCCCUUCCGCCCUCGCCGCUGGAACAGGAUGUCAAGGUGCCCUCGGAUCUGGAGGUCAUGACCUCUCUGCUGCAGGAGGAGCUGGCUCAGCUGGAGGACUACUUCCGCUCCGAGUCCACGGCCGGCGCCAACAAGUUGGAUAAGUCCUCCAAAUGUGACAAGGGAGCUCAAGCCAUGGGCUCGCAGUCGUACUACCAGCUCCCCUACGGCUCCUACGGGAGCAGCCAAUCAGAGACCAGCCCUGUGGUUGUUACCCUGGCAACAGGGGAAUUGGACCUGGCCAGCUUCUGCGGCGGCCCCAUCAGCAGAACCAAAAUCGCGAGACCCGCUCCGUACAGCUACCACCACCGCUACCACCACAACAACGGGCGGCGGCUCCUGGGGGAGGCUGUAAAGGUGGGGGACGAGGUGGGGCUGGAGGCGUGGGGCUCCAGGGGGUGUUACUCGGGGAGCACGGAGCUAUCGGUGAACCACUACUCCACCCUGAAGACGGUGAGCAAGAACAGUUUUGGCAGCGUGAAGAAGGUGAGAGAAUGUGCGCUGUCUCUGAAGGAGGAGGAGAGCUACUGCUUCUCUGAGGGGGUGUUCUGCAGCGAGGAGAUCGCGCGGGGCUUCUGCCUCGGCGGCUCCUACGACCCCCACCACAAGCGGGAGGGACAGCUCAUGCACAACGUGAAGGUCAAUGUAAGUUACGACAGCUCAGGGCUGGAGGUCCUGCACUGCAGCAAGGACGCGGGGCUGCCCGGACCCAUGCCCCAAGAGACAAUGGUGGGGGGUGACGGCUACUUCCACCAGCCCAUGGCCGGCCCGGAGCCCUACCACAGCUUUAUAGGGGAGCUGGAGCCCCCCACCCAAGCACAGGCUGUGGAGCCCCAACACGGCCACUACCUCUACCCCGAAUGCCUUGCCGACCAAAGCUACGAAUGCCUGUCCAGAGGGGAGGGCGAGGGGCCCCUGCUGGGCAGCCCCAUGCACCGGCCCGCCCCCAGGCUAAAGGACGAGCCCUGCCUGCUCAAGCCCGCUCAGGUGAUGGGGGCCGUCUCUCUGGACUCCAGCAGCGGCGAGAGGAAGCAAAAGAAGAGGGACCAGAACAAGACGGCCGCUCACAGGUACAGGCUGCGCAAGAGGGCGGAGCUGGACUCUCUGGAGGAGGAGCUACACGGCCUGGAGGGGCAGAACCGCGAGCUGCGGGACAAGGCGGAGUCUGUGGAGCGGGAGAUCCAGUACGUGAAGGACCUGCUGAUCGAGGUGUACAAAGCUCGCAGCCAGCGGCUCAAGCAGGACGGCAGUGCCUGACCCCGCCCCCGGACCGCCCACGGCACCAGCACUGACUGACCGGGUGUUUGCAUGACUUGCCGAUGCUCGGGAGGGGUUUCGGGAGGAGACUUGUCCGUGACCACUGUGAUUCGAACCGAACCCCCCCGUUUACACAAACACAACUGACUCUGGUUUCCGCCACACACCAGCCCCACCCCCUUGCGGAGGCGUCAAAUCUAUAUUUUUAUGUUUUGCUCAAAUCAUCUGCUUGAAACAAUCAACAGAGUGAGGGACGCUGCGGAGGCCCCGCCCCCAACUGCAUGUCUGGUUUGGAAAACGCAUGUGCGCGUGCUGGUUUCUCUUUACGGCAGCGUUAUGUUUUGUGCAUGGCUCCACCCCCACAUGUGGUAUGUGGCGCCCCUCCCAGCUGUGCUCUGCGGACAAACAAUCACCAAACUGUGGGAGGGGCUCUGAGGUUCAGCCGCUUCCACCGGGGUUUCAGGAAGGAUAAUCAGGUAAACUGCAGCCAAAUGAAGCCGUGUGUUCGAUUCCUGCCGCGGACAGGACCAUGAAAUAAAGACGUCUAGAUUCA